AUGAGCGACUCCACGCCGAAAGACCUCUCAUUUCCUCAUUAUACUUUGGAAGAUACUCCGUCCACGCGCAGCACACUUAGCAUUGAAUCCUCCGCCAAUCCAAGCACUGUUUCCUCAAGUCUUCGCCAGAAAAGCUCCCCCUUGAUUACGGGCCCCGUGAAGGACUUUCAACAAGCCAGGUUUUCUUUGGCCAGUUCUCUCGCAGCGAGCCAUUCCCAGAUCAACACACCUCUGGCUGAUCCUCCUGAGCUUGUCUUCCCGCGAGUCACACUGCCAGGGCAUAUUUCUCUACCGCGUAGCCCUCUGGAACCUACGCUUCGAAAACUCAUCUUCUCACGAGGCAACCCUCUAUCAACCGACCUAUUCGAGAUCGACACCCCGGAACCAAGCGCGCGACAAAUGACAUCUUACACAAACCAACACCUUCAUCUGCCACUUCCUGGAGAUUUGCACUCGAUAUUCUUCCGUGCCUUCCAUUCUCCAUGGUCUGGCAUUGGGCGGCGACUGGCGCUGGCUAUUCGUGGCUUCAUAUCACUAUAUAUGACGGUCACUUUUAUUAUGGUCGUGGCGUGGCAGGCAAGAACCGAGGCGUCAGUGUCAAUGGUGUUGUUCAAAUUUGAGACGAUCAGUUUUUUCUGGCAAGUGGCGUAUUCUUGGAUAACGUUUACCUGGGCCCUGGUGCACCUCGUUCCUCUGUGCCAGUCCGGCACAGACGAUCAUGGUUUCAUGGACAGCCUGAAGAUUGCGUUUCGAUAUCCCUUAACAGACCAGUGGCGCCAACUGUUUAGUAUUAUUUAUACCGGAGCAGUAUCCCUCCCGAAUGUCGUUGCUCUGGUCUACUGGACCAUCGUGGUUCCCCAUGAUGUAGUUGAUGUGGGAGACCUCUUCAAUAACGGCGACCUCCAAUCAUUCUGCGUCCUCAACUUGUACUUCAUAUCGCUGGUCGUUGCUCUCAUCGAGAUUUUCUUUUUAUCCAGUAUAAAGCCCCCGGGGCCUUUCUUUGUCCAUAUCCUCUGGUUCUCAGCCAUUGGAGUUGCAUACUACGUCUGGGCCUUUCUUGGCCACAUUGUGACGGGAAAUUACGUAUAUUUCUUCCUGGACCCCGAACAAAUCGGGGAAGAGAAUGUUGUCGUUGGAUUGAUUGCAUUUGUCGCCCUGCUGAACAUCUUUUAUGGUGUUGCAUACGGCAUGUCUGGUGCUCGCGAUGCGAUUACAGGUCCUUUGGAAAUUCUUGGAACAUUGCAAUUGCCCACGUAA